UUUAUUCAUAACAUCGAAUCUUACCCAGGAGAUGCACAUGACAAUUCCAGCACUACUAGUGCUGUGUAGCGUCCUCCUUGCGGGCUUUUCACCUCAGCAGGUGAAUGCCGAAAAUAAUGGAGCCAUCAGAGCAGUGAGAAACAAGCGUAUGGUACAGAGUGGAGGAAUCGCUAUUCCGGGUGAAACAGGACUUGAUCCGCCACUGCCCCCUGGAAUUGACGUGACCACAAAACCAAGACCUGAAGUAACAACCAAACCCGGAAAGAAACCUAAAAAGGAUAAGAAAGCCAAAAAGGAUAAGAAAGCCAAAAAGGAUAAGAAACCCAAAAAAGACAAAAAGCCAAAGAAAGACAAGAAACCCCAAAAGGAUAAGAAACCAAAGAAGGACAAAAAGGCAAAGAAGGACAAGAAACAAAAGAAAGGCAACAAAGGAAAUAAAGCUGGCACACCAUGAAGUAAACACUGAAGCGGCAAAUUUUAAGUGUCAAACAACGGAUGAGUUUCAUCAAAUUAUAAAAGUAUGGUGGCCUUUUGUGUUACUAUAUCUAUUUAGACACAUGGUGUUUAGUUUGGAUCAUAUCAUGUAUCAUGCUUGUUCUUAUACCAUUAUAACACAAUAAAAUAAAGCUAAAACUUUAAA